AUGCGCUCCACUAUAAGAGCUCUUGCGGCUCUCGCAUCCGCAGCGUGCCUCGUUGCUCCUUCGGUCGCGCAAACAUACACAAACUGUAACCCUACAGUGCGAACAGACUGCCCGCCCGACUCCGCACUGGCUCGCACCGUCAACAUCGAUCUGACCUCGGAGUCUGACAGCUUCACACCCCAGUCGAACCCCACAUACGGCAAAGAUGGCGUCUCGUUCACUAUCUCCAAGUCUGGUGAUGCUCCCCAACUCACAUCGAAGUGGUACAUCAUGUUCGGUAAAGUCGACGUGGUUUUGAAGGCGGCACCCGGUGCUGGCAUAGUCAGCAGCUUUGUCAUGCAGUCUGACACCCUCGACGAGAUUGAUUGGGAGUGGCUCGGUGCGGAUCCGGAUGAGGUUCAGACCAACUUCUUUGGCAAGGGCCAAACGACCUCGUACAACCGUGGUGCGUUCCACGCAGACGCUGGUAGCCAGUCUGGUUUCAAGACGUACAGCAUCGAAUGGACGCCGGAGCAGAUCGUCUGGCAGAUCGAUGGCCAGACUGUUCGCACUCUCGAGCCUGCCAAUGCUGAGAACCAGUAUCCCCAGACACCCAUGCAGAUCAAGUUCGGUUCCUGGGCCGGUGGUGACGCAAGCAACGCUGCUGGUACAAUUGAGUGGGCCAGAGGUCCCACUGACUACUCAAAGGGUCCCUUUACCAUGACAGUGAAGUCUCUCAGGGUUCAGGACUACUCUACCGGGUCCCAGUACAGCUAUGGCGAUACCACCGGAACAUGGAGGUCGAUCAAGUCCAACGGCGGUGUGAUCUACUCAGGGGGUGACAAGCCUAUCAACAGCGACUCGCCUCAGAUCACCGCUACUGCGAGUGGCGCUCCUCUGCCAUUUACUCCUUCCAGGACCUCGUCGGACUACGAGCGACCGAGUGUGUACCCCUGGGUCCCCGGUACAAACUCGCCGACUCCUGAGCCUACUUUUGGCAACUACCCCGGGCUUCCGAGCGGGUGGACUGUCUCUGAUUCAGGCAAAGUCAUUCCACCCAGCUCAGCUCCUCAAUCCCCUCUCGCUUCUUCUACGGCAUCGCCUGCAGCUUCGCAGUCGGCUUCAUCUGGCGAUUCUAAGCCUGUGGUCUGGACUGGCUACGACGACCGCGGCUUCACCACCGUUUACACCUCUUACGCCGGCACCACGCAAGCUCCUGUCACCCAGCUUCCUGCCUCUGCGGCUGCUGCACAGCCCACUACUGCUAUGGCCAGUACCGGCCGAGCGCUGGAGAACAACGCUGCUGAGUCCGCCCCUCCUGUUCCGAAGGCCAACAGUGCUUCGGGACUUGUGGACAACGUCAUGACCAGUCCACUGUAUUAUUUCACCCUCAUCGUCAUGACCGCAGCAGGAAGCUUCUGGUGUUAGGAGGCCAUUAAGUUUUUCAUGGCCUGGUCCCUUCUUGGUUUAGCUUUUGGCAUUAUAGCGUUGGCGUCUGGGUAUUUGAGGUUCAAGAUCAAGGUCUGUGUUUAGUUCACGCAAUACCCGCACUUGAAAGGUGGGAUUUCGUACAAACCUUAGAUAGAUAGCUCCUUCAGUGGAUUAAUGGUUGACGAUGAUGAUGUGUAAAUACGUAAAACGAGCCACAGCUCCAUGGAUAAUGCACAAGAACGAUGUACAUGACUUUC